AUGCUGGGACUUCCUGGUCUGAGUGGACAGAGAAACCCUAAUGCACCUAAUAGAUCAGGUGGAGCUAUCAACAUUCAUCCCAGUCAAGUACAACAAUUGGUGCAAGUGCUUAAGAACGAAGUUCAGUUGGGAAAGAAUGCUUCAGAUGAAACUGAAAAGAAGAAACACUAUGCCAAAGCUGAAGGAAUCAGAACCCUUCUUUUGAAUUAUCAAGCGCAACAAAGGGCGAGGUCACAACAACAGCAAAAUCAACAAAAUCAAAAUCAAAAUCAAAAUCAAAGCCAACAAAAUCAGAUCCAUAGUAGCCAAUCGCCAAUGGCUAUGAACUUAUCUCAACAGAGCAGACAACCUUCAAGCCAGCCUACGCCCGUUUUGCAGUCUCCACAGUUGAGUUCUCAGCAGAUGAGAUCUGGCUCUGCGGGAUCGCAAGGCUCUCCAGCUCCCAUUGCAGGUACUCCAUCAAUUCCAGCCAAUAUGGCUACUGUAGAACGAUUCAAUAUUGUCAAGCAGAAGUUAACUGAAGUUCAGCAUAGAAUCCAAUUCCUUGAGCAGAGUAAAAAAGGAAGUAAUAUUGGGCCUGAUGAACUUGCAACUAUCGACAAAGAGCUUCUUGAGCAGAAGACAAAGUUCCUGCAAUUCCAGAAACUCGGUCUUUUCAUUAGAAAUCUGUUGACUCAACAGGCUCAGGCUAGAGCCAAUACACCACAAGCAGCAACAGGGACCCCUCCGCAAUUUCAACCACAACAGCAACAGCAGCAGAUGCAACAGCAGCAGCAACCUGCGUCAAUUACUUCAGCCGGUCAAGCUCAGAAGCCUACUGGCAGUAGACCUCCUUCUACGGCACACAGCCAAUCUACGCCUAGUUUCAGCGCUAAAUCAGUGUCGCCAGCUCCUGCUACUGGAGACAAGUCGUCACCCAAAUCGACAACUCCUCAGAAGCUGCAGUCAUUGAGAACUCCUGGUCCUCCUCCGAUCAAUUUAGCAGGAAUCACCAAACCUCAGGUACCAUCGAUUCCAAUCUCUGCAACAAUCAACGUCAAGCCUCCUACGGCUGUGACCUUGAAGGCAACAGGUGAUAGUAGACCUACGUUGACUGGAGGUGAAGCAAAUAGUUUGAGUAUUCUCUUGAAUACCCCAGCUAUCACCAAAUUGCCUACUUUUGAGUUGUCUUCUGGAGGAACCAAUGGUAGUUUACCUGAAACAGGGCAGAGAGCCUUGACCAAACGGAAACUCUCGGAGUUAAUCAGCACUAUGGGCGUGGAUGAAGGCGAUGGUAAAACUAACAUAGACGGCAAUGUCGAAGAGCUCUUGUUGGAUUUAGCCGAUGAGUUCAUCAACUCGGUGACUUCCUUCUCCUGUAGACUAGCCAAACAUAGAAAGGUGGAUUCCAUAGAUACCAAGGACGUGCAAUUACAUUUGGAAAGAAACUGGAACAUCAAGAUUCCUGGCUAUGCUAUGGACGAAAUUAGAUCGACUAGAAAGUUGCAGCCUUCUACAAGCUACAACCAGAAGGUUCAAGGUGUCGAGAUCUCCAGAUCGGUCAAUGGUGAUAUCAACGGGUAAGAAUUUUUCUCUGUGUAACUAUUUAACUGGGUAUAGUAAUGUACUAGAAUUUAACAU